AACCACCGGGAGUAUCUGUUAGUUUAUACCUCCUAUAUCAUGAAACGAUGAUUAUCUUCUUCUCCGCACUCUCAUAUUUCUCACACACUCUAAGUCAUCAUACACAACAGCCAUACACUUUCACCCACCACACAUAGAUAGCUCAUUUCUCGUCUAUCUAUUUUCCGACGCUUGUACUCAUUCUCACGCCGGAGGCGCCGCGGGGCUCAAACCCCCCUCCGGUGUUGUUUUGCAGACACCCAUCCAGCAGCUACACCGCAAGACACCAGUACACGGCGGAGAAAGCACCGGAACGGGAUUUGGCGUUAUCAAUUUUAGCAGCAGAUAUUUUGGUAACGAAAUGUUUUCCAAAGCCUUGCCACUCUGGAGUGGCAUUUAUGUUUCAGAUGUAGUAGUUGUUAACAAAAUUAGUUAUAGUUGGCACUCAAAUGGGAGGGUUGGUUCUUUUAGCUUGUCUGCCCAAAGAAGAGAGACCCAAGUUGAAGAUGACAAGCUAUGGCCUUAUAAGCAGGACUUGGGUUCGUUAUCUCUGAAUCAGUUUACUGAUGAAUCAACACUGUUUCUCAAAGACUUGAACUCUCUUCCUAAACCACUAUCUGCUUCAGAGCUUUCAUUUUCUUCUAACGGCGGUGCUAAGGCGCGGGUUGCACAUCAAGGGGUGCCAGGUGCAUAUAGUGAGGCUGCUGCACUUGAAGCAUAUCCAAAAUGUGAGACUGUUCCGUGUGACCAGUUUGAAGAUGCAUUCAAGGCAGUAGAGCUUUGCUUGGUCGACAAAGCAGUACUCCCUAUUGAGAAUUUUGUGGGUGGAAGCAUCCACUGUAAUUAUGACUUGCUCCUUCAACAUAGGCUGCACAUAGUCGGCGAAGUGAAGUUAGCUGUGAACCAUUGUCUUUUAGGCUUGCCUGGAGUCAGGAAGGAGGACAUCAAGCGUGUUUUAAGCCACCCUCAGGCGCUGAGUCAAUGCGAGAUGACAUUGAACAAGUUGGGUAUUGUUAGGGUCAAUGCCAAUAAUACUGCUGCUGCUGCUCAGAUUGUAGCCGCUGAUGGCAAAAGGGAUACCGGGGCUAUUGCAAGUUCUCGAGCUGCUGAAAUAUAUGGGCUUAACAUUCUUGCUGAAAGAAUGCAGGAUGACUCUAAUAACAUCACUCGUUUUCUGAUACUUGCAAGAGAACCUAUUAUCCCACGAACUGACAGGCUCCAUAAGACGAGCAUCGUUGUCACUCUUGAAGAAGGCCCUGGGACACUAUUUAAAGCCUUGGCAGUUUUUGCUUUGAGAGAGAUCAAGUUAUUAAAGAUUGAAAGUCGGCCAAAGACAGAGUGUCCGUUACGAGUUGUAAAUGACAGUCAUAACAGGAGUGCCAAGCACUUUGACUACCUCUUUUAUAUCGACUUUGAAGCUUCAAUGACAGAGCCUCGCGCUCAAUAUGCUCUGGGACAUCUGCAGGAGUUCGCAAAGUUUAUUCGUGUCCUUGGUUGCUAUCCCGUGAGUACAGUUCAAUAAAUGUUACCUUGCUUACUUAAGAACUGCUUAUCGGAUCAGGCACCAAUAAAAUUCGCAAUACAAGUAUUCUUUCCCUCUA